CAUCACUCUCAAAUUCAACUUCUCUUCUUCAUAUUACUCUUUUUCUCUCUCUCGUUAACAAUGUCGGAACGUGGACGAGGACGUCGCGGUGGUUCUCCUUAUGGUGGUGGCAGAGGCGGUGGAAGAACACCUCCUUGUGGUGGCGGCAGAGGCGAUGGUCGAACACCUCCUUAUGGUGGCGGCAGAGGCGGUGGUCGAACACCUCCUUCCGAUGGUCGUGGCAGAGGAUAUCCGUCUCCCGGUGGUCGUGGUCGAGGAACUUACUCCAGUGGCGGAUCAUCGAGUUACAGUGCUUCUCCUAGUUACAAUGCUCCUCCGAGUUACAAUCCUCCUCCGAUAUAUCAUCAUCAACAACCGUCAAUGGCGGUUUCAUCGAUGACUCGGGAGGUUGAACAAAAGCUUUCGCUUCAACCUUCCACAUCUGCAAAUCCUUCUGCUGGGCCUCAGCCCGUGCAACAGUCGUCACCGCCUGUUGCUACCAUCCCUGCGCAUCUAGCGGGACCGUCGACUUCGACGCAGCCGCCAAGGCCGCCACCGGUAUCAUCUAAAAACAUGCGGCCUCCUCCUAGACCGGAUUACGGAACCAUGGGGCGAAGGUGCCUAGUUAAGGCGAAUCACUUUCUCGUUCAGGUUGCUGAUCGAGAUGUACAUCACUAUGAUGUUACAAUCACUCCUGAGGUUCUGUCAAAGAAAGUGUGCCGACUGAUAAUCAAACAGCUGGUUGAGAGCUAUAAACUUUCACACUUGGGUGGACGGGGUUUGGCAUAUGAUGGUCGAAAGAGUGCUUACACUGCUGGUGCGCUCCCAUUCGCCUCCAAGGAAUUUGUUAUCAUGUUUGCUGAUGAUAAUGGUGUAGCAAGGAGGGAAAGGGAGUUUAAGGUCUCCAUUAAGUUUGCUGCCAAAGCUGAUAUUCACCAUUUGAAACAGUUCUUGCGCAGUAGGCAGUCAGAUGUCCCGCAAGAAACAAUUCAAGCUUUGGAUGUGGUGCUGCGGACAAACCCAUCAGUAAAGUAUGAAGUAGUGGGAAGGUCGCUUUUCCACAAUGAGUCUCCAGAUGACACUGGCUCGCUUACUGGUGGGUUAGAAUACUGGAGAGGGUAUUAUCAGAGUCUUCGACCAACUCAGAUGGGCCUUGCUCUCAAUAUUGAUAUGUCAGCCAGAGCGUUCUAUGAGCCCAUUUUUGUCUCUGAUUAUGUUUUGCGGCUCCUGAAUCUCAGGGAUGAUCCUCAGGUGUGGCUGUCUGAUCAGGACCAUUCGAAGGUUAGAAAGGUUUUGAAAGGUGUUAAGGUAGAGGCGACUCAUCAAGGUAGACGCUACAGGAUCACAGGGUUGACUCCUCGACCAUCGAUGACAAUGAUGUUUCCUGUUGAUGGCACUGAAACAAUGGUAUCUGUUGCUGCCUACUUCCAACAGAAGUACAGCAUUGUACUAACGUAUCCUAUGUUGCCUGCGCUUCAGUGUGGCAGCAAUGCAAAGGCUGUGUAUCUGCCUAUGGAGAUUUGCAGAAUUGUUAGUGGACAAAGAUACACAAAAAUGCUAAAUGGCAGGCAGGUCACAGAGAUGCUGAGGGCAACCUGUCAGAGACCAAAAGAAAGGGAGGGGGGCAUUAGGCAGAUUGUGAAAGCCAACAAUUAUGCUGACGACAAUUUGGUGCAUGAAUUUGGUAUUGGAGUUGACGCACCCCUCACCACCAUUGAAGCACGGGUGCUUAAAGCUCCAAUGCUAAUGUAUCAUGAGUCUGGGAAAGAAUCACGAGUGGAUCCCAGGGUUGGUCAAUGGAAUAUGAUUGAUAAGAAAUUGAUUAAUGCGGCUCAUGUUAACAAUUGGACGUGUGUUAGCUUCUCCUCACGGGUCCCACCAGAGAGGCUCGUCGAUCGCCUGCUCCAUAUGUGCAUUAGUAAAGGGAUGUCCUUCGAGAGUCCAUUGGUGCCGCUCCGCCGAGCUCAUCCUGAGCAUAUUGAGAGGACUCUUCGUGAUAUCCAUGGAGAAUCUAUGCAAGCGAUAGAUAAGAAGAAGGGGGACCAGAAAAUAAAACAUCUCCAGCUGUUAAUUGUUGUUCUUCCUGACGGUUCUGGACAAUAUGGAAUGAUCAAGCGUCUGUGCGAAAUAGAUUUGGGAAUUGUUUCCCAAUGUUGCCACCCAAAGAAUUUACACCCCCCAUCUAAUCCGUAUCUUGAAAACCUCUCUCUAAAGAUAAAUGUCAAGGUGGGUGGAAGAAACUCUGUUUUGGAGCUGGCAGUUACUAAACGAAUGCCUUUCAUCAGUGAUACGCCCACAAUUGUCUUUGGUGCUGAUGUGACACAUCCGCAACCGGGAGAAGAUUCUAGUCCCUCUAUAGCAGCUGUGGUUGCAUCAAUGGAUUGGCCUGAAGUUACUAAAUAUAGGGGUAUUGUUUCUGCACAGCCCCAUAGGCAAGAGAUCAUUAUGGACUUGUACACAGAGAAGGAAGAUUCUAAAAAAGGGAUUGUUCGCGGUGGAAUGAUAAUGGACCUGCUGAAAGCGUUUUUCAAAGUGACAGGAUUUAAGCCUCGUAGAAUAAUCUUCUAUAGAGAUGGAGUCAGCGAAGGACAAUUCAAUCAGGUUUUAUUGGAAGAAAUGGAUGCAAUCCGCAAGGCAUGUGUUGCCCUGGAACAUGAUUAUAUGCCACCAGUUACCUUUGUGGUAGUGCAGAAGCGACAUCAUACACGUCUAUUCCCUUCCAAUCAUGAUGAUCGUAGUUUGACAGACAGGAGUGGAAACAUUUUGCCAGGUACUGUGGUAGACACCAGGAUAUGCCACCCAACUGAGUUUGAUUUUUACUUAUGUAGCCACGCUGGGAUCAAGGGUACCAGUCGUCCUGCACAUUACCAUGUACUAUAUGAUGAGAACAAUUUCACCGCAAAUGCCAUUCAGAAUGUAACGAACCACCUGUGCUACACGUACGUAAGGUGUACACGAUCAGUUUCCUUAGUGCCACCUGCCUACUAUGCACAUCUAGCUGCCUUUCGUGCACGCUAUUACAUGGAGAAUGACGUGGGUGUAAGAGCAGCUAAUGAAGGUGGUGAGGGAGGAGCAGCAACCAGGGAACAAGCAGCUGCACAAUUCAGGCCACUUCCUAACAUUCAUGAAAAUGUGUCGGAGGUCAUGUUUUACUGCUGA